UAUAAAAUUAUUUGUGAAAUGUAAUUUAGGCAGAAUAAAGAGAAGUUAUUAAAACAUAAAAAAAAAAUAUAUAUAUAUAUAAUAUACUUAAUCAGUUUAAUAUUAAAAUUGAAUUUUCUGUUUAUUAUGGAUAAAAUUUGAACUGCAAUAAAUAAUUAAUCAAAGAUCUUAAUAUUUAACAUGUGUUUUAAUGUUAAGAAUUAUUUUAUUUUAGAUUAAUGAAAAGAUCAUUGAUUACUAAUGCUUGCACAGAUGUUGCCAUGCCAACCAUUUGAAACAGUUAUGGUUGCCGACUAGCCUGCAAUGAGCAUUUGACAGUUCUUUGACAAUUUGAUGCUAUAAAGAUGAAUUACACGCAUUUACAACGCGAGUUGUAACAUACGCUGCGUCUACAUAUAAAAUGCAAACUGAAGCCUCUAUCUUACCAGUAGUACAACUUAACACAACUGUGCACAAAACAGUCACUAGAAAAACAAAGCCUUGUUCAAAAGACUCAACACUGGAAUCCAAAAAAUUGUUACCUUGCAAAAAUAUAUUACUUCCAAACAAAAAAUGCUUAAAUCCCUUACUUGGUGCGCCAUAUAGAGACAGCAUGAAGCAGCAAUCACUGGGCAAUCACUCAGGUGAACCAAAAUCUGGUAAUAAAAGUAUGCUUGGCCAAAGGGUAAUGUCAGCGAAAAUGCUUCGUUUUAAACAAUUACAAAAUCAAUUAGCUGACGCACACUACCAUCUCAAUGAAUUAGCUAAUGAAAAUAGAUUAUUAAAGGCACUGCAGAAAAGACAGGAUUCUGCAUUGAGGCGUUACGAGGGAACAAAUGCCGAGUUACCGCGGCUUAUAAAUUCGCAUCAUGAAGAGCUAAGAGUACUUCAAACAAAAUAUAAGAAGCUGAAGGAAUUACAUAAGGAUACGUGCAACCUGCUAAGGGAAAAAGAAAAUGAACUUUACUCUGCGAAUUCACAAAAUAAACAUCUAUUGCAACUGAGUAAAGAUCGAAAUCUUGAGGAGAGAGAAAAAUUACAGUUACAAUUAUCCGACAUGAAUUAUAAAAUGCAACAGCAACAAGAAACUAUACAGCUAUUACAUAGAAAACUCGCUCUUGAAACUAAGAGUUUGAAGCAUCAAUUACAUGUUGAGAUUUCUAAACACAAAGAGACACAGAAGAACUUACAAGAGACGAUAGAGAAAUUGAAAAGUUUAGAAUGUUUAUUAGACAAUAGAGAAAAAAGAUUGUAUUGUAAUGGUCAAUUGCCAAUUUAUAGCAAAGAAAAAAACUUAGGUAGUCAUUCUCUCACAAAUCUCAGGGAUGUCAGCAUCUCUAAUUCAAUUAAAGCGUCUAGUAGAAAUAAAAGGAGUGAAAAUGGUACGCCAAAGGAUAAUUUGCCAUCACUCGACAUAUUGGAAUCCAAUGAUGAUGAAAAAGUAACUCGGCCAACAAAUAAUGUUAAUCACAAUCAUUCAGUAGAUCAGUUAAAGUCAGAAACAAUGGCAAACUUUCAACAGAUACGAAAGUUUCGUUUACAAAGAUCGCCACACAUGCGUAAAACUGCUUAUUCUAUGGAUGAUUUGAGAUCAAAGGAUUCGGAAACGAGAGUACGUGAUGAUGAAAAAGUCACAUCGAUAGAUUACAAAGCGAUGGAGAGGGACGAGUUAAAUAAUCAAAGUGAAAGUGGCAAAUUGAGAAAAUUAUUCAGCCGAAUAAAAAAUCAGAAUUCACAAAAAUUGCAGAGGCAAUUGAACGCUGAUUUCGAUUAUUCGUCCGAAGAUGGAGAAAGUGAGAAUGCUAACGAAUAUUUCAUUCAGUCUUACAACGCCCCACAGAGAUCUAGAGAAUUGUACGCAAGAUUGAUUAAUAGCACAGAUACCUCCGACACUUUGGAUGAUAUAAUGAAAAAGGCAAGAAACUACAGCGACGAAGACGAGGAAGAGUUUAGUACACGUCUAGCGGAAGACUUAACGUUUCAGAAGUAUGAGAGUAAAUCGAAAGUAUUACGUCAUAGGCAUAACGAUCUUUAUGAGAGUGGCUCCGACGUUGAUUCCGAAGGGAAGAUAAAUACGAACGGAGAUUCUUCCAUUGAAAGCAAUGGCUUUCAAACCAGUUUAUCUAGGUACGCUGAAGAACACUUCGAUAAAUCUUUUAACAGUGCCAUUCAUUCAGAAUACAACACUUUGGACGUCGCGGAACGGUCUAUGGAGAGAUUAAAGGGUGCACAGUUGCAGAGGAUAUCAGAUAACGUUCGAGACGACGUCAAUGUAGGAAGUACAGAGAUUCCUCAACAAUUUUCAAACUCAAACAAAAUGUCGUUGGAUAAACAAUUUUUGGACAGUAAUGGAAUAGACGACUUCCUUACGGACAUCAAAAGAGAAGAUUGUACAAAAGAGGAAGGAAGAAAAAUUUUGGAAGAUCAGCCAGUGUAUGUAGACAUGUCGCAUGACAAGAUUUAUCAUGAUAUAGAUAACACAAAUGAAAAAAUGGAAACUUUGACGAGUUCGAAGAGGAAGACAGUGGAGAAAGACUCACAGCAAGUCUAUGAAAAAGAAGCUGCGAUUAAUCGUUCGGAUGGGAGCAGUCAGCCCGUGGACAAUUUGGAAAAAGAAUAUCUUGGGACUGAAGAGAAGGAAAUAGCCAGUACAAUGUACCAUGACAGUGGGGAAACAUCAAAUAAAAAUAUCAGUAUAAGAACGCAAAAUAAACUAAACGUUUCAUUAGAAGAUGUUGACAAAUCGUUCAACGUGUCUCCUCAGACUGAGCAGAGUAAUAAGAGCGAAAUGAAAGAGGUGAUACAAACGAGUGACAAGAAGACAAUUAAUUACAACAAAGAGAAGCUGUUGGCCACGAUGAAAGCUAUCGAUGACAAUGAAAAUAUCGAGUUCCUAAACCAAAGAAUUAAGAAUGCCAACGUGAAUCGGAUGCAGAUAAUGGAGAAUCUACAUCGGGGUUUACCCGCGCACUCGAAGCCGAAGCGCGAUAUUAUUAGAGAUAUAUUCGAAGACAAUCACAUAGAAAGUAAAGUCAGGAGCACCUGUAGUAAAUCUCAUUGAAAUUUUAGAAACGAUUGUUUUAAGGAUCAUAAUAAAUAGCACAAGACCUA